AUGAAGGAGGGGAUCGAGGAGCAGAGAGCUCUUUAUACCCGGGGCCAAGCGGCGAGAGGGCGCGUUCCCCGAUCGGGUGGGACUAAACCGGAAGAGGCAGCGCACUGGCACCUAGACUACGAACUAAGUUACAAUGCAGCCAUUUUGGCCAGUUUGCAGAAACUAGAAGAUUUUCUGCUGGGCCUACGCAGAACGCCACUUCCAUCCUCCAAUUCUGAGACGUCACGCUCAAUUUCCGUUGCCCCUUCUUGCACCUCUCCUCAUCGACUUCAUGGUAAGGAGAGUAGCAGAAAAGACUCCGAGUGGCUCGAAGACGUGGGCAUUCGGACCAACUCUUUGAUCUCUGGCCUGUCAGACAGAAUCACUUUUCGUGUUGGUACCAUCCAGCAGAUCUUAGCCAUCACCUCCUCCCCUCCUGGUUCUCAAACCAGGUCUAAUUGUAACGCCACCAAUUGUGUUUGGCUGCCUACUCAAGAUGAAGCCUUACGGUUGUUGGAGAACUAUUGCAAUAACAUUGAACACCUUCAACAUAUACUCCAUGCUCCUUCCGUACGGAUGCUUGUAAAUGAUGUGUAUGCUCACAUCAUUGAAAACAAGCCUGUCCAAUCUGGCCAUGUUGCGCUUCUUCUGAGCAUUUUUGCUAGUACAUCAUACUACUGGAACAUACGUGAUCAAAUUUCUCUCCUGUUUCCAAGCUCCGAAGAGUCAAAUCAAGCCGCUUUGAUGUGGGGCAAAACCGCUUUUGAUGUCUUGGAUAAUUCACGCCGCACAACGUCUGGGGCAAUAGAAGAUGUUCAAGCGACCAUUGUUAUGUAUUUCCUCGUUCUUAGUCUUGAAGGCUCCUCGGCAAGGUGUCGUUCACUCAUGAAUACCGCACUGGUUAUAGCACGAGAUUUCUCCCUGCAUAGGAUCGACGCGCCCAAGACAGAGGAGUUGAAGAUGGCCGAAGGAGAGGUUGGAUUUCAAUGA